AUGACAACACAGCAGUCAGAGAGAUCAUUUAAUCUGACCAUCAGAAACAUCACAUCAUCUGAUGAAGCAACAUAUUACUGCACAGGCACAGUAUAUUCUGAGAUUAGAUUUGACAAUGGAACAUUCUUAACAGUCACAGGUAUGGGAGAAUUUGCUGAUUUACAUAAGAUCACUCAAGUUACCACUGCAAUCGCCGGAAAACAUAUUACCUUGAAGUGCUUCUUCCCAGAGAAACAUAAAAACGAUAUCUUAUACUGGUAUAAACAAAUGGCUGGUCGUGAACCCUCUCCUGUGGCAAUUUGGCAAAAUCAUGCUAGGCCCAAAUUUUACGAUGAGUUUAAAGAUUACCGUUUCAACGUAACAAUGGAAAACUUUGGACUUCAUUUGAUCAUAUCCAACACAACAACAUCUGAUGAAGCCUUGUACCUAUGUGGAGUGAAUCAUGCAGUUGAGUUGCAUUUUUUAAGUGGAACAUUUCUGGCAGUGCAAGGAAAAAUUCAACAGGGCUCCAAUUCAACAAAAAUAAUUCAAUUUCCUGUACUGAAAAUGCUUUACCAAGGAGACUCAGUGGCAAUUAACUGCACAAUACUCAGUGAGAUGAAAACAGAGGAUCUCAGAGUGUUCUGGUUCAGAGCAGCUGAAGAUGAUUUCCAUCCAGGAGUGAUUUACACCGACAUGAACAGGAGCAGUCACUGUGAGAGGGGCUGUAACUACACACUAGCCAGGACCAACCUCAACCUCACAGACACUGGAACAUACUACUGUGCUGUUUCUGCAUGCGGCAAGAUACUGUUUGGAAACGGAACAGUCCUGAACAUCAGGGUGCCAGUGGAUCCCCUUGUGUAUGGUCUGAGUGCUGCAGUGGGACUGUGUGUAAUUAUAAUCGGUAUACUAAUCUACAUCAACUCCAAGAAAACUUUAUGUCAUCACUCAACAGGAGUUCCUUUUGAGCUUUGCGCAAACCAUGAUAUAAAUGUGGACAUGAUGAACUAUGCAGCGUUGAAUUUCUCUGACACAAGGACAAGAGGGAGGAAGAAGAGAGAGCUGCAACAGGACACUGUGUACACUGGAGUUAAUCAUUCUGUCAGGUGAUGAUCUGAGCACUUCUGAUAAUGAGCGUUUUCCUUGUACAAGUAUGAUUGAGUAAGCUGUUUUAUGUACAAAAGGAAAUUACAAUUAAAUAUUAUUUUUCUUACAUGUGUUUUCAAGAUUGUUGUUGACAUGUACUUAUUCACUAUUACACUUGUAUCAGAGAUGGUUGAUAAAGUGUUCUAAAGGAUCUUUGCUUGUAUUAUCCUACAUAGCCUAUAUGAAAGGGUUGGAGAAAUGGAAAUAUCAAAGUAAUCAAGUGAAUCUGCAUGGUUAACAUCAUUG